AUGUCUACCGCAAUCAAGAUAGCUUCAAAGAUCCAACCAGCAACACAUGCAUUGAUUGUGUUUCAUGGAUUGGGGGAUUCAGGACAAGGCUGGAGUUUUUUAGCCUCACAAUUACAAAAUGAUAAGGCAUUUGAGAAGACAGAUUUCAUAUUUCCUAAUGCCCCAACUGUUCCGGUGACUGCAAAUGGAGGCAUGGUAAUGCCAAGUUGGUUUGAUAUACUGGACUGGGAUCCAGAGAUGAGGAAAGUUGAUGCUAAAGGUUAUUUUAGGUCUAUAGAUGUUGUGGCUAACUGUGUCAAGGAGCAGAUAGAAAAGGGAAUUAUGCCAGAAAAUAUUAUCGUAGGGGGCUUUUCACAAGGUGCUAGUUUAAGUCUUGGAAGUUCUUUGACUCUGCCUUGGAAGAUUGGAGGGUUUGUCUCUCUUUCUGGAUUUAUCAGUAAAGAUGAAAGUAUCUGGCAAAAAAGGAAAAAUGAUCUCAAUGUCAACACUCCUAUUUUCCACGGUCAUGGUACUUGGGACCCAGUAGUCGCUGUGAAGAAGGGGAAAGAAGCUCAAGAGUUUUUCACCAAGGACUGUGGUUUCAAAGAUUUUGAGUUUCACACUUACGAAGGUAUGGAACAUUCUGUCUCACCUGAAGAAAUGAUAGACCUGAUCUCCUUCAUCAAAAGGGCAUGGGGUUUACAAUAA